GUAGGUCGUUUGUCCACCACGGGUAACCACAGCUACUUCCCCAGGCUAUUUCCCAAUUCUUGAAAUUCACACUCAUUCAAUAGUUUACAGGGUCGUCUUGGCUGAUUCAAACGAGAACUACGGACAAGCUCCCACACCAGUGCCUUUCUGAUAAAUGCCGUGACUUGCUAGCCAGGCAUCUCUCUGUACCUGCAUGUACUGCUGCACAGCUGCACAGCUGCACUGGUGCUCCAGGCCCCGGGUUGCCGUACGGUCGUAUCCGUUCAAACCCUGACCAUAACGCAAUCGCUGGUUCCCCUCCGAGUCUUAUCAUGGCAAUACAUUUGCAGAAAAUGAAGAACUCUGUUUCUGGCACGCCUGGGCCGGUCAGUCCUUUCCUUCCUGACCCGUCGCGCGGCUGAGUGCAGCGCGGGCCACAGAGAAUAGGCCUCAUGCAUUUGGAACCCACACCACUCGCACUGGUAGGCCUCCCAGCUGCCAUAUUUCUACCAUCCCCGCUCCCCAACCUGGGCGUCAGCCGGCUGUCUUUGUUACUCUGUUCUCUUAUGAAUCUGACCUAUAUCAGGCACACUGAUACUCUCUUCUGCUCCCGCUCAACUUAUUGCUGAGCGCGAGACUCCCAAGCUCGCCGCACACCUGACCCUUGACCGAUACGUUCUGCUAUACGGCUGUUUGGAUCAUGGCCCUCUAUAGCGACUCAUCUCGGUCUUCUGAAGAUCUUGGUGAGGCUGUUGACGAGGUCUUGGCUACCCAGGAUCCGUUAGACUCAUCAUGGCUCGAGGAACCAGAGCCAGAGGAGGCUCCCACAGGAAGGCCAAAAGACCCGACGAGUAUUGCUUCAAGGGCCUACCAGGUGGAGAUGCUGGAAGCCUCCCUGAAGGAGAAUGUCAUCGUCGCUAUGGAUACUGGUAGCGGGAAGACCCAGGUCGCUGUUUUGAGGAUCAGAGCAGAGCUCGAGAGGAUGUCCUCUGAUAAGUUGAUUUGGUUUCUGGCGCCGACAGUGUCCCUAUGUGAUCAACAGUUUCGGGUCAUCAAGACCCAAAUACCAUCGGUGCUGCCGAAGCUUGUGACAGGGUCUGAUAAGGUGGACAGCUGGUGUAAAUCAACGUGGGAGGCCGUCCUUGUCAAUGUGAAAUUGGUGGUGACAACUCACCAGGUGUUGCUGGAUGCCCUCCUACACGGGUUUGUACAGAUAUCUUCUCUGGCGCUGAUGAUUUUUGAUGAGGCACAUAAUUGUACCAAGAAACACCCCGGCAGCAGAAUCAUGCGAGAGUUCUACCGCGAAGCAAAAGACCGUGGUGGCCCGGUUCCUCAUAUUCUCGGCUUAACUGCCAGUCCAGUGGUCAGAGCGAACAUAGAAAGCCUAGAGGAACUGGAAUAUACCCUCGAUGCAUCAUGUCGGAGCCCUACGCGGCACAGGGAAGAGUUAUUGGCACACACACGGCGCCCGUCGAUGUUCAACAUCCAAUACGCGCCGCCUAUGCCGAAGGUGCCCAAAACAGAGUACACGCAGUCCAUGCUCGCAAUUCUCCAAGCUUAUAAGGCGCUGGAUAUCAAGAAAGAUCCGUACAUUGAAUGGCUCUCCGCUCAGAAUACAGAUCGAUCAAGGAUCAAGCUCAAAGACGCCUUUAUCAAGAGGGACACGUAUGUUCAGGGGACGAUGAAGAAAUUCUGUAGGAGAAGCGUCGACAUUCGUCGGGAUAUGGGGAGCUGGGCAGCUGACUGGUACAUCUUUGAAGCCAUUCGUCGCUUCCUGGAAGGUGUCGAGAGAAGACAAGGCGGCGCCAGCCAGAGCUACAAAGAAGCUGAAGUGGUCUAUCUGGCCCGGAUCUUCCAGAAUGCCGGCAUUAGCCCCCCCUUGGAAACACACGAAGCUACAAUGCUCCCAGAAAAGAUGAGGCAGCUUAUUGAUGUACUAAUCAAGUAUGACAGUGCUGUUCGGGGAAUUAUCUUCGUUAGAGAGCGAUCGACCACGGUCAUUCUCACACAAAUACUCAGUCGUCAUCCAGAGAUCAGCAAACGAUAUCGAGUGGGGAAGAUGGUCGGGACCUCAUUUGUUCCCGGUGUGAAGCAGGACUUCCUUGAUCUGCCCGAAAAGAACAACAGCCUCGCGCUAGAGUCCUUUCGCGACGGCCGCCUGAACCUUAUCGUGGCAAGUUCUGUACUUGAGGAAGGCAUAGAUGUCCCGCUUUGCAACCUGGUGAUUUGCUUGGACAAGCCAGCCAACCUGAAGUCAUUCAUUCAGCGGCGAGGGCGUGCCCGGAUGGAAGACUCCCGCCUUUACCUUUUCGAAGAGACAAUAGACAUCGACUCGAAGAAACAGUGGGAGCUUCUUGAAGCCCAAAUGAAGAUGUGGUACGAAGAUGAUCUGCGCGAGCUACAGAUACUGAAAGACCUCGAGGACUCUGAAGCUCCAGACUACCCCGACCUUCGAGUUGAGAGCACUGGAGCUCGACUCACCAUAAAUGAUGCGAAGUCUCACCUCGACCACUUUUGUGCGACUUUGACUUUCAGAAAGUUUGUCGACACCAGUCCCGACUACAUCAUCGAGAAAGUGGUGGAAGAAGAUGCGCAGACUGGCCCGCCGACCUUGAUCAAAGCCACAGUACUGCUCCCAGUAUCCCUCCCUCCAGAGCUACGCCAGGCUACAAGCAUCAGGACAUGGAAAUCAGAGGCGAAUGCUUGUAAAGAUGCCGCUUUCCAGGCCUACCAAGCUCUUUAUUAUGCAAAUUUGGUAGAUGAGCAUCUCCUGCCACUUAGAGAACAAGAUUUCGGCAUUGAGAUCCCGGAUCGUCCUGGAAUGAUUGAAGCCGCUGCCCAAUGUAACCCGUGGAUUCGAGUUGCUGAGGCCUGGAACGAGAACAGUGGUAGUCCCCAGCGACGUGCCCUAAGACUGCUCGACCAGAGUCAUACUGUCAAAUGUGAACUUGAGCUGGUCCUUCCAAUGUCGAUUCCUCAGAUGCCGCUGUUGACUGUACAUCUGGACCACAAAUCCCAUUUCAUUGUUCAAAUUGAAGACGAAGUGACUAUGGAAAGCGCCGAUGAUUCCAUGGAUGUCACUUCAACUCUGCUCUCAACCGCCUAUGCUCAUCGACGCUUGGAUAUCAGGGAAGAAGGAUACGCCAUACGACUGGCCUUGCGCAAGGGUGUUUUACCUCCAAAAUGCUCAAGGACCCCAUUUGACGCAAACUCCGCCACUGAUGCUAUGUCUCACGGCCUCGUGCGAGACAUGUUUGGCAACCCUUUUGUUCUCGAAUCUCUCCUGUCAUCGAAACCUGCAGCCGAGGCCGUGCAGAAAGUCUAUAAGGGGUUUGAGACAGACCCUGAAGACGUCCAAUACGUUGCAGUCAGCAAGUACCCCAGAGGACCGGGCCUUUUCAUCCGACCACUACCUCCUCCUCAACAACCACCAAGCGCGAAACCCUACUCAAGAGUUCUGCCCAUGGCCGGCAUGACGAUCGACGACGUACCCGUGAAGUACGCAGAGUUCGGCCUUCUAAUGCCGUCUCUGAUACAUUAUAUCGAGAUGUUCCUCACAGCUAGUGAGCUGUCAAGGACCAUUCUGGCGCCACUCAAGCUCAGCGAUAUUUCGACGCUCGUCACAGCAAUCUGUACAUCAAGUGCCCGCACGCCGACCAAUCUGGAAAGAAUUGAAUUUUUGGGUGACUCCAUUCUGAAGCUCUGUACAACUGUCAAUGUCGCCGCUUCGGAGCCUCGAAAGCCCGAGGGACUUCUUUCACGUCUCAAAGAUAGACUGGUUUGCAACGGAAGGCUAUGCAUGGCGGCACGUAAUACGGGGCUGGACCAGUUCAUCAUUGCAAAACAACUUACUCUCAAGGGCAGUGACGAGCGAUGGCGCCCUCCCUACAUCUCAGACUUGCUCGAGUGUUCUAAACAGGAAGCGCAAAGCCGAGUCAUGUCGACCAAGACUCUUGCUGAUGUCGUGGAAGCUGUCAUUGGCGUCUCUUACAUCGAUGGAGGACUGGAGAAGGCUCUGGACUGCAUGUCCAUUUUCCUUGGAGAAGGUCAGUUUCGAGACUUCCACACCACUAGGAGUGUGCUAUUCGAAGCUGCUCAGCCCAAGAACAUGGAUCUUCCGGCAAUCUACGAGCCUUUGGAGGCAGCCAUAGGAUACGUUUUCCGCGAGAAGGCCCUGCUCGUUGAGGCAAUAACUCACCCCAGCUAUGUUGCUGCUUUAUACACGCGCGAAUAUUCCUAUGACUACACGUUUGACCGCCUUGAAUUUAUCGGUGACAGUUUGCUUGACUACAUCAUAGUAAAAGAACUCUUCGACGAGAAGCCCGAAGCACUGGACAACUGGCAGAUGCACCUCCUCCGGACCGCGCUCGUCAACGCGGACAUACUUGCCUUUCUUGUCAUGGAGUGGGGCCCAAAGUUGUCAACCAACGAUGUCGUACUCGACGACGGGAGCGGGAGCGAGGAGGACAAUGGGACAAAGGAGCGCAGCCCAGACCUCGAGCCCGUGGAAACAACUACCCCGUUGUGGUCCUACAUGCGCUACCAGUCCAUCGAGCUGACCAUCGAGCGAGAGGCCACGGCCAGGCGCCACGCUGAGCUGCGCGAGUCUAUCCUCGAAGCAAUGCAUUCCGGUACGCACUACCCAUGGGCAUUAUUCGCACGCCUCCAUGCGCCCAAAUUCUUCUCGGACCUGUAUGAGGCGCUCGUGGGCGCAAUCUGGGUGGACUCCGGCAGCUUUGACGCCUGCAAGGCCUUUGUCGAGAGGUCGGGGUUGUUGUCAUAUCUGGCCCGACUCCGAAACACCGACACCCCGGUGCAUGUUCUUCACCCGAAGGAGGAGCUGGGCCGGCUCGCUAAUUCCGAGACGGUAAGCUAUGUGGUCAGGGAGGCUGAGGAAGACCAGACUGGACCCGGGAGGUUUGGGUGCAAGGUGCUCGUGGGCGACAAGGAGGUUGCGGAUGUGGAUGGCGCGCUUUUCAAGAAUGAAGCUGUCGUCAGGGCUGCCACCGAAGCUGUAGCGAUACUUUCAGCGGCAUAGCUCAAGACAAAGACAUGGCCUCAUGAUGAUAUAGCUCUGUCUUCCCCUCCGAUUUGUCACUACACGCAGAACUCCACUACCGUCUUUUGUGUCCCUGCUCCGUUUGGAACUAGACUACACUUCUAAUUCAAUACUGGGGCAAGCUACACUAAGCCCCCGCUCAUCAGAUACGC